UUCCUGUGUACGUUGAAGCGUCAGGGACCGCGUCUGUUAUUUGGUUUACGUUUAAAUAACAGCAGCUAACCAAAAGUUUAAUUCUUUGCAAAUAGGGGAUAAUUAUAAGUACAAUGUACAAAAAAGGAACUUGAGAAAUAUAGACAAUCAUUAGGAUUGUAAUAAUUCGCCCGGGGCGGAUUAAAUAAGAGACACCGAGCGUGGACGCGCCAAACCAGAUCUAACGUUCACGUGAGUGUUUAUGAAAUUAACUAAAUAAUCAAAACCGAUGGAGUCCCAGAAGAAGACCGGUCAGUCUGUAAAUAAGACUUCGACGUCUGAGAAAGAUGAAGAGGAGGAAUGCUGCGCUAAUACUUCAUGUGAAAAAAAUGAGAAGCAGAAGCCUUCAUCCCCGAAACAAGGAGAUUUCAGUGAUCCGGUGUAUAAAGAGAUCGCAGUGGAAAAUGGCACCAUCAACCGAAUGAAUAGAGAUGAGCUGCGUGCAAAAUGUGCUGAGCUGAAGCUUGACACGCGGGGAGUUAAGGAUGUCCUGAGGAAGCGCCUAAAAAGUUACUAUAAAAAGCAAAAACUGAUGCAUUCAGCUGCUGCAAAUGGGAGCACUGAUACAUAUUUUGACUACAUCUGUGUGGUGGAUUUUGAAGCAACGUGUGAAGAGAAUAACCCACCUGACUACCUGCAUGAAAUCAUUGAGUUUCCCAUGGUGCUGAUCGACAUGCACACCUUGGAGAUUGUAGACUCAUUUCAGGAGUAUGUGAAGCCAGUGGUGAACCCACAGCUAUCAGAGUUUUGUGUUAAACUUACUGGAAUCACACAGAAAAUGGUGGAUGAGGCAGAAACAUUCCAUCAGGUUCUAAAGCGAGCAGUUUCUUGGCUACAGGAAAAAGAACUUGGCACAAAGUACAAAUAUACAUUUUUGACAGAUGGGUCAUGGGACAUGGGAAAAUUUCUUCAUACCCAGUGUAAACUGAGUUGCAUCAGAUACCCACAGUUCGCCAGAAAAUGGAUCAAUAUCAGAAAGUCUUAUGGAAACUUUUAUAAGGUUCCUCGAACUCAGACGAAACUAAUCUGUAUGCUGGAGAAUCUUGGAAUGCAGUAUGACGGACGUCCCCACUGUGGUCUAGAUGACUCCCGCAACAUUGCCAGAAUUGCCAUCUACAUGCUGAAGGACGGCUGUCAGCUGCGGGUGAACGAGUGCUUGCAUUCAGGAGAACCACGGAGCGUGCCUAUCUCUGCCCCUAUUGAAGGAGCCCCAGCACCUCAAACCCCCCAAAAAAGAGACUGAAAGGAUAAUUUAAAGUCUCUUUCACAGAAAUAACAUUGCUUUGUCUGGACAAAUAUGAGAACCUGUCUCCAUGUAAAUGUAAGAUAAAUGAGAGUAACUAAUAUGGGUUUUCUUAAAAUUAAUACUGAAAUGUGUACAGCAUAUUUACACCAUAGCAGAUCAG